CGGGGCCCACCGGACCUGCCGCGCAGGGUGGUGCGGAGCCGCCGUCCGUGUUCGCGUGAAGCCGAGAUGUUGUUUUGUUGUGACGCGGCGCCGAAUGUGACACCGCGGUCUGCCUCGAGUCCACACUGGGAACACGCUCCAGCCGCCCCGGUCCCCUCUCCCCCGGAGCCUCGCCGCCAACAGCGCCCCCGGCCCGCCCGUCACGAGCCAGGAAAUGCGGACUUCUGGCUCCGUCGAUACGGAAUAAAUGGCUGCUGCGGCCGGAGCCAAGCAACAAGACCCAUCAUGACCAGAGUUGAUGCAGCUACCGGGAGCAAUUGAAUCCAAAGCAGGACUAUUAGAAUGUCUGAGGCUGGAUGUCAACAAAGCUGCUCAAUUCAGAGACAAGAUCCAUGUUUACCUGCUCCCACACAACCGGAGGGCAACUUUAAAUAAUGACUCAUUUGCUCCCCCCUGUGGAAUACUCCAGGCCGACACUGAACAAGGCCCUUUGUUAUGAUUUCCACAGCAAGAUAUCAAUGAUCUCUGACCUCCCAGCUGCCAUGCCAUCAGCGCCAUGAGGCUCCAGGAGCCCUUCCUUGUUUACCUGUGAGGCCUCCUCUCCACUCUAUGGAGGCGGAGCCUGGCCAGUCGGCUGAAGGGAAGCGCUCUGGAAGGCAGGAGCAGCAGCCUGUCGCAGCUGAACCCUCACCAGGAUCUAGUCAGUCACAGCAAACCCGGCAGCUUCCCAACCCGCGUCCCAUACACAGAGCCUUGGGUCGGCUGCAAAAUCGGCCGCCGAAACGCACCGACCUUUUGCUUCGUUUACAGCAGCAUCAAGCAGUAGCAUGGCAGCAUUCCGACACAUCAGGGCCCUCAGGAGGCAGCUUCUUUUCUCCGGCCUCGGCCUCGUCAUCCCUCCCCUCUACUUCCUCCACCCAGGGUGAGCAGAGUCAGGCAGGUCCUUCACAAUUGAGCCAGGACAGCAAGGACAGGGUCAGCUCGCCCAGAAGAGAGAAGAAGCCACAAAAGCCAGGGAAAUAUGUUUGCACUUACUGUGGCCGUCCAUGUGCCAAGCCAAGCGUUCUUCAAAAACACAUUCGCUCCCACACAGGUGAAAGACCGUAUCCUUGCGCACCAUGUGGUUUUUCCUUCAAGACCAAGAGCAAUUUGUACAAGCACCGCAAAUCUCACGCCCAUCGCAUUAAAGCCGGCCUGGCAUCCAGCCAUGAAGAACCGAGUUUGAGUGGACCAGAGGGUGGUGGUGUUGGAGAUGAACCUGAGGAGCAUACGGAGGGGGAGAGUACUGAAUCAGAAGAAGAGACGGGUCAACACAAAAAAUCUUCUUCAAAAAGUAUGGGCUAUCCGCUGAAGAAGGGACCAAAAGAGCAUCUGGGCGAGGAAAGUCAGAGGCCUGAGGAUUCCCAAGCUGUCAAACAAAGACUUGCAUUACGGCUGAGCGAAAGGAAAAGAGGACCAGUGGGCUCUCCGGAUGAUGCACCAUCAUCACUCUCCACAUCCUCCUCAUCUUCUGUUGGCCCUGGUAGUAAAGGUAGCACAGAGUCUGGCUACUUUUCUGGGUCAGGCAGCACUAGCACCGACCUGUCCCAAGUGAGCCCUCCCAGUGCCAGUGCCAAAACAUAUGCAGAAAUCAUACUUGGGAAAUAUGGACGGCUGGGAGGACAGCAGCGCAACCCCCAUCCGCAUCAGACUCAAUCUCCUCUUUGCACAUUGUCAGGUGCGGAUGAGAAGAGCGUUCCUUUUGCUGUUCCUAAAACCCAAGUCAUUGAACACAUAACAAAGCUCAUCACUAUCAACGAAGCCGUCGUCGACACCAGUGAGAUCGAUAGUGUGAAACCAAGACGCUCAUCUAUUUCCAGGAAAAGCAGUACAGAGUCUGCAAAAUUGACUUCCCAAAAAGAUCCAUAUGCAUUUGACCCAAAAGCCGACGCCCCCGGCCCCAGUGGUAUGAGGCUCCUUCGCACUCCUCAAACAGACUCACCCGGAAAACAGGGAUUGUCAACAGUGCCUCUGCUGAGAAGCCACUCAAUGCCGUCUUCUACUAGCCAACAUGAGUCCCACAGAGCAGGAGCAAUGUCUCACAGGGGUUUCCGGCUGUGCCAGUCCUUCGAUGAGCAGCAAGCAGUGGUGGCAGAAAUGAGGGUGGGUCACGCUCACCGCAUGCUGAGGCGACAGCCUGCCAUAGAAGUUCCUCUAGGGUCGGAACAAAUUUUAGAGGAAACUAGCCCGACCUACUCCUCUUUGACAAGAAGCCCUGAACCAGCAAGGAUUCCACUGCAGCAGCAGCAGCAGCAGCAAAAGAGCUUCUUUGAAUGUGAAACGUGUCGGGCUCGUUUCCAGCACAGCGAUGGAUACAGGACUCACAGAGGGGUCUGCACAGGCAUGCAGCAACUUGAACAGGAGAGCAUGGAUGCAAGUCGAACGAGCCACGAGGAGCGGCCGCAGAUGAUGAUGCAUCACAAGUUCAAGGCGUUAGCCAUGGCUGUGAGGAAGAGAAGAAAAGAGGAGAGUUUGGAGGAGGAUCCCCCGAGUCCGGUGUCGGCCGCCACGUCCGGCAGCCCUGUGGGCCUCAUUCCAAUGUCAGGCAGAGAGGACAGCCCCAAUGUCUCAGGUGUUUCUUCACAGGCUCAGCCAAGGCAGCAAGAGCAGCAGGACAGAAAGGGUGUGUCUGUCAUCCAGCACACCAGCUCUUUCGAAAAACAGGAGAGCGUUUCAAUGGAAGCCCAUGAGCCAGACGUCAGGGAGGGUCAGCAAAUCCACAGCCCGGAGCCAAAACCAUCACCCUCUGCAUCUCGUCUCAUUCGCCAGCAUAACAUCCAAGUGCCAGAGAUUCUUGUGACUGUAGAGCCGGAUGCUGAUAUGCCAUCUGUGUCCCUGCAAGGGACACCCACCGCACCAAAGGAGGCUGAGAAAGUGGAGGAGUUCCAGUGGCCUCAGCGAAGUCAAACUCUGGCACAACUACCUGCAGAGAAGCUGCCACCAAAGAAGAAGAGACUUCGCUUAGCGGAAGCAGCGCAGUCCUCUGGGGAGUCAAGCUUUGAGUCUGUGUCUCUUCCCCGCAGCCCCAGUCAAGAGAGCAACAUCUCACACACGUCAAGUAUCUCUGCUUCUUUCGAGGACACCUCACGGCCGGAUCCUUCUGCUUGGGCCUCCAGCAGCCAGUGCUCCCAGAUGUUAACGGUACCUUCAUCCUCCCACCAAUCGAACCAAAGCUACCGAGAGAUGAGGCGCUCCGCCUCUGAGCAGGCUCCAUCCAGCCACCAACAGACAGAGCAGAUCCCGGAAACUAGAAGCAAGUCCUUUGACUAUGGCUCACUGUCCUCGCAGCAGUCGGCUUCAUCGUGGAAGGAACGGAGAAAGUGUCUUCUGGUCAGGCAUGCCACUUUGGGGGAACCUGAUCAGGACGAAGGUUUGGGUGUGGGCCUUUUGCCUCGAGCGGAGAGCCCAAAGCCAGGGCCUUCUCGCUCAUCCCAUCCACCAAUGUUUUCAGAUGAGGCAGGCGGCUCAGACUUGAGCAGGUUACAGGUCCCCUCUCAGGAUCAAUUCCCUUUACAGCUCAGAGGCCAGCAAACAUUUCCUUCACAGUCAUCAGCUCGCCUACUACCAGUCACCACAGCCACCAUCUCAGAUAUUCUAUCCAGUCACUUUGUUCACGGACAGCUCUUGGACUCACGGCCCGAACUGGCUCCUGCACAGGUGCAUCCGUUACGCAUCGGCACGUCUGAGCCGCUGGGCGUGUCACCACAUCAGUUCCCUGAUCUGGAUCCAUUUGAGUUUUCCGCAGGGACUAGAGGCAACCUGUACUUUCCUGUUCCUCCAAAACACACCAAACAUAUUCUGGCUUCAGUGGAAGGAUCAACUUCAGUGUCCCCUGCUCUCACACAGUCCCUCGUCACGAUAUCGUAUGUCCAUCCAAGUCCAGUCAUUGCAACAUGCCUCGCUCAGUUUACACCUGUAGUGUCUCUGGUGGUGCCUGUGCGCCUUCACACCCACCUACCUGCCUAUGCCAGUGCCAUGUAUACCACCCUAUCCCAAGUCAUUGAGUCAGCUGGCGCACAGCCGCCUAGUUCAGGCACAGCAGUGGCCGUCAUUGGCUGCCUUGAGCAGGACAAAAUGCAAAGAUCCUAUUUAAAAGUCCCAUCACCAGAAAUUACAGGUCUCCUUCCCUUUUCUCUGUCAACUGAGCUGGCCUCAGGAUCGGGGGAAGGAUAUGGAUCACUCGGAGCAGGAGGAAGUAAACGCAUGCUGUCUCCUGCCGCCAGCCUGGAGCUAAGCACAGAGGCUCAGCGUCAACAGAAGAGGGUGAAGGAGGAAGAGGAGAGGGAGCCUGCUAAAGCAGACGAGGAGUCCGAGAAUGUCAAAGAGCAGGCCCCUGAGGAAGAAGAGAAAUCCGAUCGAUUAUCGAAAGGGGAUCAGACGAAACAAGCAGACAUACUUGAAUUUACAACUGUGAAAACGGAGAGGGAACCAGCGCCAAAGGCGGAGAAGGACAUCGAGGGAAAGAGUGAGGAGUCACCAAUGGCUUCGAGUCAAAAGAAGAAUGAGACGCUGCUUAUCAAAAAAGCAGUUGAGAAACCAACCCCAGAGAAAUAUCCCAGUCUCAACACAUCCACAUCUGUCAACUGGUGCUACCUGAACUAUGUAAAACCCAACCCAACGGCGGAGAGGGACCCCAGCAAUUCCGUCUACUCAUCAUGGAGCGUCAGUGCCCACAACCCCAAUUUACCGGGGCUCAGCACUAAGGUGGCCCUGUCUCUUUUGUGCUCCAAACAAAAGCAUAGCCCAGAGACGUACACCAUGGCCGCCGUCCCGAUAUCUGCCAACGUGGAGUUGACCCCGGCCCGGACCAGCUCUCACGUCCCAGAGGUACCUGCCGUCCAACCCAGCUCCCUCACUGAGGUAACGGAUCUGCAGCGUGUGAAAGAAGAGAACAAAGAGAUGACGGAUGAUAAUGAAGCUUCAACGUCGAAAGCCUGUGACGCCCCUCGUGUUAGGAUCUUCGAAGGCGGGUAUAAAUCUAAUGAAGAGUAUAUUUAUGUUCGAGGUCGCGGCCGGGGGAAGUACGUUUGCGGCGAGUGCGGCAUCCGCUGUAAGAAGCCCAGCAUGCUGAAGAAGCACAUCCGAACACACACCGACGUCCGUCCGUUUAUCUGCAAGCAUUGCAACUUUGCCUUCAAAACCAAGGGGAACCUUACCAAGCACAUGAAGUCGAAGGCUCACGGGAAGAAAUGCCAGGCGACAGGAGUAUCUGAGUCUUCGCUGGAUGAGCCUGAGAGUGAGGAAACAGCAGGAAGUGAAGAGCAUGUGUGCGGAUCUGAGGAACAGGAAGAACACCAGUUCUCAGAAGUGGACGAGUCUGAGGAAGACGAGGACAAUGAUGAUGACGACGAGGAAGAGGAGUCGAAUGAUGACCCGCCGUCCUCCUGCUCCUCAGACACCCACCCAUCAGUAAGGCGUCGCUCCAAAUCCGCUGCCCACUCCCGACACAGCACCCCUGACCCCGACACCCCGGGUCCCAGUCCUGGUCCCGCUCUCGAGCCUACCCAGAGGGGCGCCUGGCGCAGCAGGCGGGCUGUGUUCUCCAGGCGAGGCUGGAAGGCCUCACCCAGAGCUUUCUCCCCCAGCAGUGACAGUUGCUCCCCCAGCCACAGCCUCUCCCCCCGUCUCGACCUGUCCUCCCCCAUCCAGAGCCUGUCUCCCCGGACAGAGCUGUCCUCACCUAGUCGACAUGUCUCCCCCUCCCCGGAGAGAGGGCCCUCUCCCAUCAGACCGCUUUCUCCUCUUCGUCCAAUCUCACCCAGCUGCUACAGACCAUCAAAAGGCUGGACCCCACCCUCACCCUUGGGACCGCAGCACCGGGCCCCUGGAUCCCUUCCCUGGGAGAGUCAUGAGAGAACAGAGAAAGGGGGCGGUGCAGGGAAAGGUCAAACCAGCGCUUUCUUACCAUCUGCGCUUCGUCUUUCCACCUGCGAGAGCUUUCCAGUCCAGCGGGCAGCAGACCACGUCUUCAGCCAUCUCCCCAUGCACUCCCAGCAACCCAAAGUCCCCUAUCUGAUGAUCCCCAUUGGCGGGAUACAAAUGGUACAAGCUAGACCACGGUCACAACCCUCUUCCCCUCUGGAGGGGAGCUCACUUUCCUGGUUUGAAUCCUACUGGACUCCAAGAACAGACGGUCUCAGGACUCCUGGAGACCACUGGACAGAGCAGCAGACAGCCGGAACCAGCCGGUCAGCGUGGUCCGGUUUGACCCGAACACCCACCAAACUGGAAAGGACAGACGUAAAGCAAUAUGGCAGCUCAGCUAGCUCCGCCUCCACCCGCAGGCCUGCUCCUGACACCAGCGAGGGUUGCAGCAGAGACAGUCGUUCAGAAGCAGCCCUCAGCCGACAAGCCCCCGUCGCCCCGCACCGCCCCGCGCGGAGGCCGGACGUGGCGACGGCACGUUUGAGGGACGACCUGGAGGAGGGAGGAGCUAACACAGACUCUGCCAGACCAAACCAGAGCACUUAGAAGUGUCUUCACUUUGAUGCAUCAUGCAUCCCUUUGUUUUGCUUUAAUGGUUGCUAUGCUAGUCUUGUUUUUCAAUUGAGUUGUUUUUAUACUGUUUUCAAUACAAUUGUUAAAUUAAAUGUUUGUUCAUUGGCAAUAUUCAGGUUUGUUAUAAAAAAGAUGCACUUUUUUCUUUGUGAAAAUAAUGUUUCUGUAAAUCAAUAUAUAAAAGUCAUUUAUGAAUAUAUCCCUCCUGUAUCACUGUUGAUACUGGUUAUUAUUGUCUGUUGAACUAUGUGUGCGAGGCAGAUGAAUACCUUUGUAAAUGACCAAAAUCUUUAAAUCAAAUAUAAUUCCAUUUUUGUUUAUCCAGACCUUGUCCAGUAUUACUAAAACCAUAGUUACUUGUGCCUUUUCUGUCCAUGGUUGGUGUCUCGAGGUCUCCAGUUCAGAAAAAAGAAACAAAGAGAAGGCUGUGAAUUUAUACAGUAUAUUUGCUUUGGAUCUUGUUUACUCAAUUUUGUUUGGUUCUUCAGGCCGUUUUCUUCAUGCCAGGGUAAAGCGAGAGCGGAAUCACAGGUGUCGAAGGAGCAGAUCUGUCAAUGGAAAAAUGCACUGACGUUCUAUUUUUUACGUACAAGAUGCUUUAGAUUAGAAAACAUCUCAGUACAGGGAACAAUGCUCCUUAUUUAUUGUUAUUUGAUGGCAAUGAUUUUAUACUUAUGUUGUUUAUUAUUUUCACCUGUGCAUCUUUUUCAUGAUGUUUCUGCAGUUUAUCUGUCGACAGAGAUGAGGGCUGCGUGUGGAGAUCCAAAUGCAGAUUCCUCACCGAGCAAACGAUCUUGUCAUUGAAAACCAAUAAAGAUGCACCUGAUACUAUUAUUCUUCUCUUGCA